AUGGACUGGAGUUUCCUUUCCAGAUCCAAGAGUCAGUCGGGCAAAUCGACGACAUCUACUGAAAAGCCGGAUUAUGGCCUCCAUACGAUUGUCCCUCGGCAUUCGGCCGCGCUCGAGGGAACCGAUAUCGUUGCCAUCCACGGGCUGAACGGCCAUUAUCUCAAGACUUGGACCGACGAGAAAACCGGCACCAAUUGGCUUAAGAGUUUCGUUCCCCAAAUUGUGCCGGUGGCAAGAGUCAUAUCAUUUUGGUACAAUUCUACGGUCCAAUUUAGCAAGUCCACGUCAGACAUCGAUGUCUUCAGCGAUCAACUUCUGGAGGGUUUGCUGGCCGAGAGAGAAUCUAUGAGGAGCAGGACCGCCCACUCAUCUUUAUAUGCCAUUCUCUGGGCGGCGUAUCUGAAGGCGCUUGACAGCGACGAGCACAUGUUCCUCGCCAAAAGAAUCAGUGGAGUCUUCUUCUUUGGUACACCACACAAGGGCUCGUCCCUUGCAAGUUGGAGCACGAUGACGGCACGUCUUCUGAAGACGGCAUCGCUUGGGGCAAACACCAAUACACAGCUUUCCAAGGACCUUGAGCCAAACUCCAAGCGCAUGGCCAACAUCUCAGAGGCAUUCCUCAAGCGUUGUUCUAGUCUCAAGAUCAUCUCCUGCUAUGAAACACUGAAGAUGGAUUAUUUGAAUACCUUGGUUGUCGAGAAAGAUUCGGCUGUGUUAGGACACUCUUCCGAGAAGGCCAUCGCCAUCGAGAGUGAUCACCGAGGCAUGUGCCGAUUCGGCACGAUCACGGAAAAGAGGUUCUCCGCUAUCAAGUUCAGGCUUGGUCGUCUGGCUGAUGACGCUCAAAAGGCCAUCUUUCUGGAAUCAGACAAUCUCAUGACAGCACUAAAUAGCUCCAACUACGCUUCACAUAGGGCCAGAAACCCGGCGCCAGUCGAGGGAACUUGCACUUGGUACUUUGAACACAAAAGAUUUAGAGCAUUGUCCGAAUCAACUGGGUCUCCUCUUCUAUGGAUAUCGGCCGACCCGGGUUGCGGUAAAUCAGUGUUCGCUUCUUACCUCGUCGACCAUUUUAAGGAACUCUCACAAGCGAAUGCAGUCAACGUUUGCUACUUCUUUUUCAAAUCAGACAACGAGGAGCAGUCUGACGUUGCAAGGGGGAUUCAGGCUAUUCUGCACCAGCUUUAUACCCAGCAGAAAGACCUUUCGCGUCGCCAGAAACUUCGUGGAGGGGACUUGGAAAGCAUUGAAAAACUAUGGGAUGCAUUUUCCCAGUCGACCGUUCACGGCGAUGCUAAGUCUACCAUCUGCAUCCUGGACGGAAUAGACGAAUGUGAACCGAAACCUCGAGGGGUUCUACUGCGCUGCAUAGCCGAACACUUCGCGGGCGACGGCGUGCAGCAGCAAUCCAAACUCAGGGUGCUGAUAACGAGCCGCCCUGAGAAUCAGAUCAAAGUCGCACUGGGCAAACACAGGAGGUCCACGAGUGGCUCAGGAGCCCGUCGACAAUCGUAUGAGAUGAUGCGACUGAGGGCUGAAGAUGAGACGGAAUCGAUCAGUGACGAUGUAUCUCGGGUGGUUGCUGCGAAAAUCGAAGACCUCAUUGACCGGGGUCUACCCGUCGGCCUCCUCAAGAGCUUGCAAGCCGAGCUCGUGAAGCGAGCUGAUCGCACCUUUCUCUGGGUCUCGCUCGUGUUGAGCCUCUUGGAAGAGAAAGUCGAGAGCGGGGCUUCCAGACGAGAUCUAGAUGGAAUUCUCAACACGAGAGACAUCUUCAGCGUCUACUCGGAACUCCUCGCAUCGAGACCGGAACCUAUGAAAGCUAGGAAGAUGCUUAAUAUCAUCCUCGCGGCCGCACGGCCACUCACGAUUGAAGAAGUCAGUAUCGCACUUGCGGUAGCUCCCUAUGGUGAUGAUUCUGGCAAUGGAAGUCCGGAAAGACACCUGGGACGCCGUGCAAAGCUGACAUUCGACGACGUAGAGUAUGGACUCGUGUACCCCCUCGAGAACCACCUGAAACAUGUUUGUGGCCAUUUCAUUCGUAUCAUCAAGAAGAAAGUGUAUCUAGUACACGAAACAGCAAGAGAGUUCUUGUUGGCGCCGAAGACCUCGGCUGCACAGAGAAAACGCGGCACAAAUCCGCUUCUAGAUCCGCCUCAUGAGAGCCAACUUCACCAUUUUCAGCACACCUUUUCCCUCGUCAACGCCAAUACACUCCUUCUGGACAUCUGCGUUGCCUUCCUCUACUGCUUAGCCAAACCAUCGAAGACUUCACCGCCGGGCGAAGUCAGCCCCGAAACCGAACCCUUUCUUUCAUAUGCAGCGCUUUCCUGGACGAUACACUAUCACCGCACCAAGCGGCUGCUUGACCAGCGCGAGAACCGAUACUACCAAAACCUAUGUCACCCUCUGUUUCCAGGCUUUGACUGCUGGAUGCAAGAGUUCUGGGACCCGAACCACACCAUGGCAAAGAACCAAGUCUCACAUCCGCCGGGAGCGCCAGACGACAUCCAGGACUACUACAUCGAGUACUUCAUCCUCUACCCGCAUAGCUCGUCCUCGCAUGGAGCAGGCCUGGAUGACAAGCACGACAGCGCCAUCUCUGAUUUCGAGUCGUGCGAAGAUGAACAAUCAGACGCCUCCGAAACAUCGCUGAACUACGGUGGCGUAGCUUUUGGUCACGAUAAAGUUGACGAUCAGCGUGAUCGCCUCCAUUUACCGUUGUGGCGGGGCGCUGAUACAGCUCUGUCGAGCAACCCGGGUUCUUUGAGCAAUCACUAUUUUCCACUCAAGGUUGACGGAGAAGGGCUGGUGUCUUUGGAUUUCAAGGACAGGUCAUCCCAUAAGCCUUCUGAAUCUUAA